CACUUUGUCGACAGAUAAAAGGGCGUAACUCAUUGAUUGUAAAAUGUAUUGAUUGUGACCUUUUUUAUAAAUAUAUUUGUUUGUGUACUGUAUUAUUCAAAUACAUUCAAUAUUAGAGUCCAUAUGUUUGGACAUACAUUAGUGAUGACUCUCUCAUAAUAGCACUGAUAGUUUUGACACGAGAGGCGCCAAACAUAACAUAACAUAUCAUAAGUAAACACAACACACGACACGUGUUUCGACCUUCACCUGACCUCAUGUCACGCAAACUGUUGGCCAAAGCGUGGGCCGAUCUAUCAGUAGGACUGCCGUUGGGGACACUGAAAGGGGCCGUCCUCGCGUAUGACAUCAUAACAUAUCCCGUGUAUCUCGCGCUGCACCGGCCGUGGAAUCGACUACAGCUAAGUUCUCGACCGAAGGCCCGAUUGAUUGACCGGCAACAGCCGAGUGGUCCGUGGAUUCGCGCAAUUGGCAGUGAUUUGCCGAACGAUCACUAUGCCUACGAUUGUCACACAUUAGAUCAGUUAUUUUCGCGGGCCGUCAGUGUCUUUAAAGAUCGCCAGUGUUUCGGCUGUCGCCAGAUAUUAGCCGACCAAUUGGUGCCACAGAAAGGAGUUGCAAAGCCGUUCCGCAAAUUACAACUUUCCGAUUACAGGUUCUAUACCUACGAUGAAAUCGAUGCCCGCGUUCAGGCCGUUGCACGCGGUUUGCAGUCUCUGGGAGUCCGACAUAAUCAACGUGUAAUACUUUUUGCCGAAACACGACUAGAAUGGAUGGUCACAUGUCAGGCGCUGUUCCGAUUGGGCGCAACACUGGCCACACUAUACUCAACCCUUGGCAUCGACGGUAUAGUUCAUGGACUUAAUGAGACUGAAGUGACACAUGUGAUCACAUCCGAUGAAUUGUUGCCAAAUUUGGCCUUAAUUGCCGAUCGUGUGCCACACUUGAACACUGUUAUAUACUUUGAAGGCUUAAGGCCGCCGCCAAUCAAUACAUUAUUUCCUGAAACUCUACGCCAACGCAUCCGUUUUGAGCCAUUUUCAAGCGUUGAAUCUCUCGGAAAGUCAUCAACUAAUACCCAACCUUUUGAAUCACCGAAACCUGAAUCGCCUGCAGUUCUUAUGUAUACUUCGGGUUCAACGGGUGUCCCGAAAGCUGUGAUAAUUUCCCACAAAAAUAUUGUUCACGCCGUCCGUUCAUUUUAUAGUAUUUACAGCAUAUUAGCCUCUGAUGACGUUUAUUGUGCAUUCUUACCGCUGGCCCACGUAUUAGAACUGAUAGCCGAAGUGGCGUUUAUUACUAUUGGUAUGUCCGUCGGAUACGCCACUACACUCACACUGACUGAUAAGUCGACGGGACUUAUGAAUGGAGUUAAAGGUGACAGUACUUUGUUGAGACCAACCAUUGUCUGUGCCGUACCUCUUGUUUUAGAGCGAAUACGCAAAGAAAUUGCCGACGAAAUAAACUCAAAAGGACGGUUAGUUCGGGCGAUAUUUGAUUUUAUUAUUCAAUAUAAGUUAUAUUGGACUCAAAAAGGAUUUCAAACUCCACUUAUUGAUCAUUUUGUUUGUCGACAAAUCCGUCAAAUAUUAGGAGGAAAUGUACGUCUUGUAGCCAUUGGCUCCGCCCCGUUAGCACCUGAAACGCAUGACUUUAUACGUGCUUGUCUUAACGUGAUUGUACUCCAAGGCUACGGUUUGACUGAAACAGCUGCUUCGGCCACACUUAUGGAUCCAAUGGAUUUAAGUACUGGAACUGUUGGUCCACCACUUGAAGGAAUGUAUAUUAAACUGGUUGAUUGGGCCGAAGGUAACUAUCGUGUGACUGAUGAACCGAACCCGAGAGGAGAAUUGCUUAUUGGCGGCAAUUCGGUAACUGACGGCUACUACAAGAAACCAGAGUUGACGGCAAAGACAUUUUUUGAGAAAGACGGCAUUCGAUGGAUGCAUACGGGAGAUAUCGGCGAAAUACAAUCCGAUGGUAACAUAUUAAUCAUUGACCGCAUGGAAGGUCUUAUUAAAUUACAACAGGGAGAAUAUGUGUCUCUGGGAAAGAUUGAAACUGAACUCAAGUCGUGUUCGUUUGUCGACAAUAUCUGCAUUUUCGCCUCUUCCCGUCACUCGCAUGUUAUGGCAUUAGUAGUACCCAAUCGUAAACGUAUACAACGUUUAGCUAAAAAGUUGCAAAAACCUAAUGACAUGUCGUUUGUUGACUUAUGUCGAGAUACGGAUAUUGUUGAGAGUGUGUUGUCCUCAUUACAAUCUACCGGUGAACGCGCGGGUCUUACAAAAUAUGAGAUACCGAUGAAACUUAAACUUUGCGCCGAAGAAUGGAUUCCUGACAGCGGACUCGUGACGGCUGCUCUCAAACUGAAACGAAAACAGAUUUAUCACUUUUAUAGCAUUGAAAUCGACAGAAUGUACUCUAAAUCUGCCACCAGAUCCUGAUUUUUAAUAUUUAAUUAUUGCUUUUUAUUAAUUGUUUGUUUUUAUUUAAUUUUAUUUAAAUUUAUUAUU